UACAACGAGAUGGCGACACCAAGCUGGUUCGGACUGUUACACUUAGUGGUUUAUGUUACGUGUGCAACUGCGGCCAUUACAGACUUCGAGACACAGGUGGACCAUGUUAUUCAACAGGCCCACGGCUGUCGCCAUAACAACCCCGGCCUGGCGGUCGCUGUCGUCAAGAACGGCAAAGUAAUAUUGGCGAAAGGUUAUGGCGUGAGGGACGUGUCGACAGGAACUCCCACAACGAACACCACUGUCUUUGGUAUAGCGUCCCUCAGCAAGGCAUUCGCAGCAACGUUAUUAAUGAAACAACUCGGACCAAACAACCUCACAAUCUACUCAACGGUAGCAGAUAUCUUGGGUGACCAUUUUCAAUUUUCUACCAAUAUCCGAACUCAGAAUGCCGAUCUCCGAGACCUUUUAGCCCAUACCUUAGGCAUACCCGGAAACAACUACAUCCGACUCGACACGAACUUAACACUUCAAAAUCUGCCGAGUCGGAUCAAGAAUUUGAAAUCAAUCCAUCCUUUCCGGAGCUCCUUCAUGUAUAACAAUCUCAUGUACGGACUAGUUACCGAGAUCUCAGAGAAACUUGGUCACAAAACGUGGCAACAACUAAUAAAUACAAAUAUUUUCACGCCUCUCGGAAUGACCGGAUCUACUUUCAUGACGACAGUUAACAGAAAAAACACUGACGUUGCGCAGGGAUACGUGGAUGAUUUUGACACGGGAGCAAUAGUUCCAGUACCCGAGGAACUAAAUAGGUUCUGGGGCAAGCUAGCGGGUUCUGGUGGGGUAAUGAGUAAUGCUGUGGACAUGACAAAAUGGAUGAUGUUUCAUUUGAAUGGCGGGAAAAACUCGGCUGGUCACCAAGUGGUUGACGCGCACGCACUGGCGUCCAUCUAUGUUCCCAGGAAUUCGAUACGCAGCUCCACGGUCGGUCGAUAUUUCACCAAACCAGAUGUGCCGGUAACUACAAGCGAGAACAACUACGCCUUUGGUUGGAAAAAUGGAUUCUACAGAGGGUACCCGAUUCUCCGCCAUACCGGAACUACAUUCGGAUACUCCUCGCUCCUAACGUUGAUACCCGACAUGGACAUUGGUGUUUUUAUUACAAUGACAGGAUCGGACCACGAUUACUUGUUCCGGACAGUUCUAGAGAAUUAUCUGGCUGAUAACGCACUCGGAGAAACUCCAUGGCUUAACGCUACUACAAUGUGCACGUUCCCAGAACCGUGGAUGCGAAAACACGUCACUACACAUCACUCAAUUGUGAAGAAUCUGCCCUUACAUCGGCCAGUGUCCUCGUACGUCGGCACCUACCAUAACGAGGCUUACGGCAAUUUAUAUGUACACAACCACGCGGGAGAUCAGUCUCAACUUAAUAUGCAGGUCGGGAUCGGAAACUGGAAACUUUUCCCAACGCAUACCACAGACCAUUUUGAUGGAGAAGGGGAGGGAACUCUAUAUAAGAUAAAGGAUUUAAGAAACGUACAGUUUCAUUUGGACUCGCACAGCUCAGGAAUCCACAGCAUUGAGGUUCCUAGUUUUGAAUCGCAUGCCCCACCACUGUUCACGAAAACGACAUCUGAUCUUCCAGGAUUGCUUAUCGGAUGAUAGAUUAAAUGAUUCACUGUCUAAAUCA